AUGGCGGCCCCUGGACAACUAAUCGUCGGUGUCGACGUGGGAGGGACCAACACAGAUGCCGUCCUCCUAGAUACCUCCAAGAACGGGUCUGAAGCCGUGUUAGCAUCUUACAAGGCCCCAACCACCGCCAACGUGACGCUCAGUGUUCGCGAGACACUGAAAGUUCUGCUGGCCACUUCGCCAGUUGACCACGCCAAUGUAUCUGCCAUCGCGAUUGGCACUACACAUUUCAUCAAUGCAAUACUCGAACGCGACGCUGCCCGCCUGGAGAAAGUUGCAAUCUUGCGACUGGCCUCGUACAACUUCUCUGGCAGCACGCCGCCGUGCGUGGAUUGGCCCCAAGACUUGAAGAACAUCAUCCACGGCUACUCGGCUCUCAUACCGGGAGGGUGCAACAUCGAUGGCCAGCUGAUUGCCGAUAUCGACGAUGAUCGAGUCCGCGAACAGGCCGAUAUCAUCAAGGCAAAGGGACUGAAGAAUGUUGUGGUUGUUGGCAUCGGAUCGCCCGUCGACCACCACCACCAUCAAGAACAGCGCGUGCGGAACAUCCUGCAAGAAUCCUUCGAGUCUUCUCAACACAAGGUGAACAUCGUCUGCUCUCGAGAUGUGGCAGGCAUGGGUCUCCUUGCGCGCGAAAAUGCGGCGAUACUCAACGCUUCCAUCUUGAGCUUUGCUCAGCGGACGAUCCGCUCUCUCCAGAUCGCGCUGAAACAUGUCGGCCUGCAAUGCCCGCUCUACUUGACCUCCAACACCGGGCAUCUUUUACCUCUGGCGGAAGCUUCGCUGUUUCCCAUAAAAAUCUUCUCUUCGGGUGCGACCAAUUCGAUUCGCGGCGCAGCUUUCUUGGUCGGCUCAAACAUUGAGCAGACUGGCAGCGUGGUCGUGGACAUCGGAGGCACAUCGACAGAUGCUGGACUUCUGCUUAAGAACGGCUAUCCUCGCUUGGCGAGGAGCUAUUCAGAUGUCGCUGGAAUCAAAGUCAACAUGGAAAUCCCCUCAGUUGAGAGCAUUGCACUUGGUGGAGGAUCGAUCCUACAUCUUGCAUCAGACGAGAGUCAAAUCUCGAUCGGUCCUCAAAGCGUCGGGCACGACAUAGCGGAAAAGGCGUUAUGCUUUGGUGGUACGACGAUAACUGCAACUGACGUGGUGGUGGCUUCGGGAAGCGUCUCUCUCGGGAAACAAACAGUCAAGCUCAGCGACAAGGUCAUCCAUGGGGCCAAGGCCAGGAUCAAGAAGAUGCUGGAAGCAGUUAUCGACCGCUCAAAGUUGUCCCCGGACCCUUGCACGGUCAUUCUCGUUGGAGGUGGUGCCAUUCUCUGCCCCGAGCGACUAAGCGGCGUCAGUAAGAUUAUCGUCCCUGAACAUGCUGGUGUAGCAAACGCAAUCGGCGCAGCCAUGGCCCAGAUCUCUGCCUCCUCCCAGUUGAUUUGGGAAGGACACGAUGUUCAGGUGGGCAUCAAUCGGGUCAAGGACGAGGCCAUAGAGCGGGCCAUCAAGAAGGGCGGGACCAGUGCCAACAUUACAGUACUGAAUGUAGAAUCAGCCGGAGUGCCUUACACCCAAGGUCAAACAGCCAUUAAAGUGGAGGUAGCCAUGCCAGCAGAUCACGCCAGACUCCGCCAAGAAACUCAUAUGUGCAGGGAAGAUGACGUGGAGGGUGCCGAAGAAGAGUUGUUCGAAGGGACCAAGAGGCACGAACUGCCGCGGAGUGAUGAACCCCCCGACACCGUGGACCUGCAUAACUACCGCCCUCAGGUGACCAAGGACGGACUGUGGUACUUGUCCGAGACAGACAUCCGCUUCCUGGAAAUUGGCUGCUAUAUCCUCGGUUCCGGAGGUGGAGGAUCGCCCUAUGCCGGAGCCUUGGUACUGCGCCAGCUAUUGUCUGAAGGGGAGACGGUCACUAUCGUCAGCUGUGACCACCUAAAGGAGGAGGAUGUGAUACCUUCGGUUGCUGGGAUUGGUACUCCUGCCGUGGGCAACGAGAAGCCCGGUGGAGACGGAGUCAUUCAUGCCCUUGACUUGAUGGCUGAACACUUAAAGGUCACGUUUACUCACUUACUCGCGUGUGAGAUAGGAGGAGGAAAUGGUUUGACUCCCCUGCUUUGUGGCUCAUCAAGAUACUACAACAUCCCGACUGUGGACGGCGAUCUCAUGGGUAUAGCCUACCCAGCAUUUGAAAUGGUGUCCACAUACGUCAACUCGGGCUCUGUCAAUGCCCUGCUCCCGGUGACCCUUAGCGAUGGGACUGGGCAGAAUAUCGUCGUCCUCGGCGAUCGAACGGAUGAGGAGGCCCCCGGAAAAGAAAUCAGAGAUGCUUGUGUGGCCAUGGGACUAGCUUGCGGAGCAGCUGGUGUUCCCCUGAGCGGGCGGCAGAUGCAAGCCGCAGGAAUUCCGAACUCGUACUCUCUGGCCUGGCGAAUUGGUCGUGUCGUGUCCAUGGCGAAACAGUCAUCGUCGCUGUCAGCCUUACCUGAAGCCUUGAUCGAAGAGGUCGGCGGCAGUCGAUCUGCCAAACGGUUGUUUCAAGGCAAGAUCCGCAGUGUUGAAAGCGUCCUGACCUCCACAGCCCACAGUCUAGGCAAGGUUACCAUCGAAGCAAUCAGCGAGGACGAGAUGGAAUUCAGCACCGACGGAGCGUCAGAUUACGCUGCGGUCGUGGUUCCGUUCAUGAACGAGAACCUGGCUGUCAUCGGCAGGGACGACGACGACCGAGAGGAAGUUCUUGCGACUGUCCCGGAGCUGAUAUUUCUGCUGGACGUCUCGACAGGAGAGAAUAUUGGUACGCAGGAGUACCGGUACGGCUUGAAGGUGACUGUGAUGAGCAUGGCUCCGCAUCCUGUUUGGACGUCGAAUCGGGGUCUUGAGGUUGGCGGGCCCAAAGCUUUCAAUCUGCCCUAUGAGUACAGCUCGAGUCUGGAGUACACGAAACCACGCAGCGUCAUUGAUGAGUUUCGAUCGGAAAUUGAUGGUGAAUGA